CUGCCUUUUCAACUCUUACAAAAGGCGACACCCACCGAAGACUACCCACAUGCUCUCUCUCUCUCUCUACCAUAUUAUCUGGGUCGAAAAAAGCUGGAUUGUGUUUCCAGCACCUGAUCAGAAUAGUCAAACAAAAUACUCCAUUUUGAUUUGGAGUUUCCCCUUGAUUUUCAAGUGAUCUUAAAAGUCAAUCGAGUGAGUUUUUGGGUAUUAUUCAGGCGUAGACAAAAAAUUAGGAGUUCGAUUGAGAUUAGUAGUGUUAUUGGGUUGAUUGGACUUGUCAGUUAAAUGGGCAUCUUUGAGGAGAUGGGGUUUUGCGAUAAUCUUGAUUUCUUCGCGGGUCCUCCUGGAGAGUUGAAGGGCUCCCAGGAACUCGAACCGGUGGGAGAGGUGGACGUAGACUACAGCGACGAGGAGAUGGAUGUUGAUGAGCUGGAGAAGCGGAUGUGGAGAGACCGGAUGCUCAUGAAGCGGCUCAAGGAGCAGAAGAAGAGCAAGGACAGGACUGAUGACGGCGCAAAGCAGCGGCAGUCUCAAGAGCAAGCACGGAGGAAGAAGAUGUCUCGUGCCCAAGAUGGCAUCUUGAAGUACAUGCUAAAGAUGAUGGAGGUGUGUAAAGCUCAAGGUUUCGUGUAUGGAAUCAUUCCUGAGAAAGGCAAACCUGUGACGGGAGCGUCUGAUAAUCUCCGCGCAUGGUGGAAGGAGAAAGUCAGAUUCGACAGGAAUGGCCCUGCUGCGAUUGCUAGGUAUGAGGCAGAGCAUUCGGUCCCUGGGAAAACUGAGGCUUCGAGUGUGGUGGCAUCGACUCCGCAGACACUUCAGGAACUGCAGGACACUACGCUUGGAUCUCUGCUGUCGGCUUUGAUGCAGCACUGUAAUCCGCCCCAGAGGCGUUUCCCGCUGGAAAAGGGUGUCCCGCCUCCUUGGUGGCCUUCUGGGACAGAAAAUUGGUGGCCGGAGUUGGGUUUACCCAAGGAUCAAGGACCUCCUCCAUAUAAGAAGCCCCACGAUCUGAAGAAGGCGUGGAAGGUUGGCGUCCUGACCUCGGUGAUCAAACACAUGUUUCCUGAUGUCACCAAGAUACACAAACUUGUCCGUCAGUCUAAGUGUUUACAGGAUAAGAUGACGGCAAAGGAGAGUGCAACUUGGCUUUCUAUUAUCAACCAGGAAGAGUCUUUGUCUAGAAAACUAUAUCCUGAUAGCCAUCCACCAUCAUCAUGCGUUGUUGGGAGCGGGUCGUAUUUGGUCAGUGAUGCUAGUGACUAUGACGUGGAUGGAGUAGAAGAUGACACAAACACUGCAUUCGACUGCAAGCCACUGGAUAGGAAUCUAUUCAACUUUGGGGCUUCUGCCAUUAAAAAUAACCCUAUGGUGCUACCCGUAGCUCCGAUCAAGGGAGAGAUCUUCGAUGUAGAUGCAGAUUAUACCCUGAAAAGAAAACAGGUUUCUGUGGAAGAGCACAAGAGUGAGAUGGUAUACACAUGUGAGUUUCCUCAAUGCCCCCACAGUGAUAAACUCAUGGGAUUUAAUAAUCAAGCAUGGAGGAAUAACCAUCAGAAUAACUGCCAAUUCCGAUUCAGUUCUUCCGCACCAAACUAUCAGAUCAACAGCGAGAAACAAGCUGCGUGCCUUGCUCCUUCCAAUGAAAUCAAGUCUCCAAACGUACCUGUGAAUAAUGCUCCAACUUGUGUAAAUGUUUCUGAACUGGGGAUUCCCGAAGAUGACCAGAAACUGAUUAGUGGGCUUAUGUCAAUGUAUGAUGACAAUCUUCAGGGUAACAGUAACUUUGAUUCCAACGAUUUCAACCUUCUCCCGGGGCAGAACCCUCAGCAAUCAGCCGGUUUGCUUGAACAAGGUGACAACUUUUUCCGACAGGGAGCUUUGUCUCAGGCUGGUACAUUUCAAGAAGCCAGUAUGCUGUUGAGCAAUGCUACUUAUAUGUCAACAGAAUUCCAGUAUGAGCAAUGCAGAUCGUCGUUCAACUCUUACAACGGCGAUGCAGGGGUGAAUUUUACUGACUUCAGACUUGACUCACCUUUCAGUUUUGCACCCGGUGAUUUCUCUGUCGAUCCAUUGCCAAAGCAUGAAGUGCCUCUGUGGUACAUUUGAGACCCGGAGUCUUCCCAUCCAGCUCUGUUUGCCAAUAGAUCUGCAGAGCCAUCCUCUGUGAGACGCCUAUCCAUCUCCUACCUCCCUAGUUAGCUUUGCUUUCAUUAGCAAAAAUAUAUAUGCAUAUUGUAGAUAUUGCUGCUGGCUGAAUCUGAGUGCUUUUACUAUGUGUUGCAACUUUAGCUUGUUAGACUUUAUCCGGGAGAUGCUUUGUCGGGCAACCCCCCCGCUCUGUUGUUUCGAAAUGCUGGGAGGUAGAGGCAUUACCUGUUGAUCAUAAAUAAUAAUGCUUUUACUAAA